GAACAAACUGUUUAAAUUGUUUUUCGUUUCAUAUAAUCAUAACCGAGUUAAAGUUUAGUUAAGUCUUAUUGUAAGAGUAUUCGCAUUUGUCUGAGUCUUAAGCCGGAUAGAACAAGGAGGAUUUGAUACUGUAUAUCUUAGAUACUAAAAUGCGGGUAGUUUAAGUUUUCCAUGAUGUGCUCAGUUUUGUCUGUGUAAUUUUUUCUCACUUUUAGAGCGGAUGCACUUACAUUAGAUGAUUCAUAUCAUCAACAGAUGAUAUUUCAGAGUAUGUGCGUCAUGAAAAACGCGCGUCUUACGAGCUGGAAGUAUGUAGCAGUGUUGGGAUCAUGCACGAUGUUAAUAAUGUAAAUGUUCUCUUGUCAUUGCAUGGGGACUAAAGGUGAAUGUACUGAAAGAAGAACAUACCCUGUGUAAACUGAAUUUACCGAAUGACUUAUGAGACUAUUAUUUAAAUAAGCUUUCUUUUUGUACUAAGACCGCGUAAUUCACUUGUUAAAAACUAUACUCCGCUGGCUGCCACUUCGUGUUCUCCCUUUUUGUGAAGUCCCUGAAUAAUGUUGUAUGCCAUGGUUUCAGUUUGAUAAUAUGGGUGAAACAUCCCAACCGAAACAAAUACCAACAACAACACCAACAACUAAUCAUGAAAAAUUAAUUGAAUCUCAACUCAUAAAAACUGCUCAAAUAUUAGAAGAUACAUUAGAUGAACAAAUUAAUCGUUUAGAUAAUUUAAAUGAUGAUGAUUUAGAAGCUAUUCGACAACUUCGAAUUAAACAAAUGAAAGAUGAAUCUAAACAACGUUCUGAAUGGUUAGCUUUAGGACAUGGUGUUUAUUCUGAAUUAUCAAAUGAAAAAGAAUUUUUCACUGCUUGUAAAACAUCAACAUUUGGUCUUGUUUGUCAUUUCUAUCGUGAUUCAACAUUUCGUUGUAAAAUUUUUGAUAAACAUUUAAGUUUAUUAGCUCCAAAACAUUUAGAAUGUAGAAUGGUGAAAAUUAAUGCAGAGAAAACACCAUUUUUAACACAACGAUUAAAUAUAGUAGUUAUACCAACUUUAAUUCUUGCUAAAAAUGAAAAAGUAUGCCAUCGUCUAGUUGGCUUUGAUGAACUUGGUGGUCAUGAUGAAUUUUCCACAGCUAUGCUUGAAUGGCGUUUAGCUGUAGCUAAAGUAAUUAAAUAUUCAGGAGAUUUAACAAUUCCACCAGAUAUGCAAAAGAAUAAAAAGUCGACAAACAGUAAUUUAUCAAAUUUGAUAACAAAACGACAUGAAAAUAAAUCCAUACAUAGUAAGUGUUUUAAUGAACAUAGUGAUGAUGAAAUUAGUGAUUAGUGUUAUUUUUGGUUGUACAUUUCUGUCUAUCUAUCUGUCUGUCUGUCUGCCUGUCUGUCUGUCCUCUGUCUGUCUGUCCUCUAUCUAUGUAAUUAAUGCAUUAUCUAUUGUUGUUGAAAUCAUUUGUACGCACAUUCACAGAUCAUAUUUUCUGUGAGUUUUUUUUUCUGACCUUAAUUAAAUAAUACAAUCUGUUCAACGUCAAGACGAAAGAAUAAGGAAAGAAUACAGCUUCUGAAGGUUGAUUCAAAUCUUUUUUUUUUGUAAUAGAGAAACACCUUUGUGAAUAUUGUGCUCACAUAUCCUUUUUUUAACUUCCAUUUCGCUUGAUACUCUUUUAUUUAAAAUUUAUGCAGUUAAAAUAUGAGUAAUUUCAUUUAUCUGUUUUAGUUCUUGUUCCCGCUUUCUUAAUUAAAAUUGUUUCUAUCACAUCAUAGACAAUUUAUUCAUUGUAACUUAUCAAGUAAAUGGCAAAUGGAUUGUACAAAGAAAAUACUUUUUCGUGUACAAAUAUUUUUGAUCAUAAAUAUCAAGAUUAAUUACAACUGAUAAACUGGAUUACAUUGUACAAG